UUGACAUCCAUCCUCCCCAUCCGUCCGCUCAUAGCUCUCGUCGCUCCAGCCACCAGACUUUGACGGCAGCAAACACCUUUCUCCAGCGGCUGCCCAGUUGCAUCCCCGGAGUCCCGUCUACAACCAACACGCUGCCUCUGAUUUCACCAUUCAUCUUGUCCGAUAUUCUGUACCUUCUCGAGCAGUCCCACGAGGCACAGGACAAGCCGCAUCAGUUGGGCGCCGUCUGCUCCGCUGUAUCGGCACCCUCCCCCCCGCUAGUUCCCUACGCACCCAGCGAUGCGACAACAUUCCUUCUGAAUGUCAUCGCCGUUUGAUCGCCCCGACCGCGGGUCCUCGCGGCGCGGCGUCUGGUCGCAUUGGGUGCCACUCGCCGUGACCGUCACAGUCGCAACCGUCGGCCUGGCCGCUUGGGUCUGGAGCCAGCGCAAGGACGACGCAGAUGACGCCGUCGACCCCGACCACGACGCCGACCCCGGUCUCGACUAUGAGAACGCAGACUACGGCGACAACCCUCCCUACGGCGCAACGAGCCGUAACCGCGCCGCCGACGCACGGCCGCCGCGUCGCGACGACGAGAGCGUCGGAGUAGGCCCCGGCCCCGGCCCAGGCCCAGGCCCUACGCCGGGCGACGUCUCCGCCGCCGGAUGGGGCGCGCGCAUGUCCGGCGCUCUCCGGCGCACCCCGAGCCCGCAGCAGUUCCUCGACUCGACCGGCAAGACGGUUGUCGCCGGCGUCGCCGCUGCCGGUGCGGCAAUGGGUAAGGCGUUGGCCUCGAUCCGCGAGGAAGACAAACACUACGGCGAGAACCCAUGGUCCGAGGAAGCCGACGCGAAAAAGGACCGCGUCGCGCCCACAUCGGACAAGAGACGCAGGACCGUCGCCAUCGUGGUGUCGGCAGACGCACAAGUCUCAGCCGCCGACGACCAUGAGAUUGCCUCCGUCCUGUCUCACAUUCCGCGCCACAAUGACUUCUCUCGGAUCAAGCUCUACAUCCUCAUCUACGCCCCUCACUUGAAGGACACUGCGCUGGAGAACGUUACCAGUAACCUUCCGCCACCUUCGCUGAGCUCGUCCUUCUCUAACAUUGGCCACGAUCAAGCGCAAACUCCGGGCGAGGAGGCCAAGAGCCCUCUCGCGUCUGCGACCAACAAUGCGGCCUUCAAUGCCGUGUAUUCGCAAGCCCUAACGCUCGUGGAAAAGGAGCCGAUGAUCCUGCCAUUUACGACGCCGAACGGCCACGUGCACAUCUUGCGACACAUCCAGCCAGAGAUUGUCUACCUUCAGGAGUCAUUGGCGGGCGACAAUGGCAGCAUCAUCACCAACCUUCAGACGUGGCUGCGCCAUGACGUGAUCCUGGUCGUCGGUGCCGAGAGCGGCUCCGGAGGCCUCGCGGACAGUGAGUCAGAGGCAGAGCGGAGCGGCAAGGAGGAGAAGUGGUGGCAGCGCCCCGAGAGGGUCGGGCGCGGCCGCGGUGUCGUGGUCGUAGAUGGCAUGCGGGUGCAUGACGACUGGACUCGUCGCGUCCAGGGCCGCGAAUGAUGGCAAGGCCCGGCCGUGGGAAGCUUCCGACACUUGAUAAGGAUGGGAUCUACUGAGAUGCUGAAAUGCCACGUAUGUACAUGUAAAUAGGACCUCUGGUAUUACCUGAGUUGAGAUAUGAUUGAUGCAUUGCACACUUUCGGGGCACAUAGUGUCAACUCUCCUUUGGAUGCGUGGUAUAAGGUGAGGCGCCACACGACAGUGGGG